GAUAUCGAAGAGGUCACACGCAUGGCUGCUGAGGAAGACAAACGGCGGCGCAAUACCGCCGCCUCUGCUCGGUUCCGCGUCAAGAAGAAGCAGCGUGAACAGGCUCUCGAGAAGACCACCAAGGAGAUGUCUGACAAGGUGCAGCAACUUGAGAGCAAGAUCUUGCAACUUGAGAUGGAGAACAAGUGGUUGAAGGAGCUCAUCACUGAGAAG